AUGCAGGCGCAAGUCUAUGCUGAUAUUGUUGCAGAAGAGUCGUCUAGUAGUGACGAAAGUGAAGGUUCAGAAUAUCAGUACAACGAUUCUACGCCAUCUUCUUCUAGUAGCACAAUGAAUGAUUAUGAUCAGACGAAGCAGUAUCUGACGCACGAUAAAGAUACGUAUCAUUACAAGCUGAAAGAAAACUCUGUUUGUAAGGCUGAAGGCUUGAAAACGCUGAACGAUCACGAACAACUGGCUUUAGAUGGAAUAAUGUUGAUCGAUAACAGCUUCGUAAAUACCGAUAUCGUAGAUUACGAGGAAGCACAAAACGUUCUUAAUGAUAUUGAUCAAGUUGCUGAUUUCAAAAUUGCUCCCAUCAUUAAACUCGCUUCUAGAAAUAUUAAUGUCACUGUUAUCAAGAAAUACAUUAAGAAGUACGAAGAUGAAUAUCCCUCAAUGACACUUCUAUUUGUAGAAUCUUAA